ACACUAGUACUAUCAUCAUCAUCGACCUUCAAUCGUUGCAUAACCACUCGAGCGAAUACUAAACCUCCGUCCAGCAGAGACCAUCUAGUGCAACAACUGAAACUGGUUUGUUAAAAAGUUGGAAUAUUCGAAUGUUUCUCAAUUUUAAAAGAGUCGGACUAGUCGGGACUCCGGAGCAUAAAUAAAUGUGAUACAUUCCAAUAUUCAUCGUCAUGUUCCGACCGAAAAUUGCGAGCUCACUAGGACUCUUUUCCCUUCUCUUCCCCGCAUUCAUUCCCAUUGUCUUGCUAAGACUUGACAAGGUCUUUAACGGCACCGAUAAAUCGCCCCAUGUACUCCGUCUCUGCAGGUCGGGUCCAUCUUCCGACUCGGAACGCUCUUGCCCGCGUCACGCAACGCUCUAGUGGCCGCGUGCUCGUAGUGCGCAGGAAGUAUCAUGAUGAAUCAUUCGGAUUCCGCAAAGCACGCGACUUUACCAUCCCAGACUAUACCUCGGAUCAGCUUACUAACCGUGCAACCAAUGCUCCCCUCCUGAGGUAUGCUGACUCUCUGCGCACGCAUGGUCACAGAGCCGCGUCGAUCGACCCUCUUGAUCUCCUCCGUCGCGAGCGGGUUGCCGCACUCGACCCCAUCCGUUAUGGCCUCGACGACCCUGAUCGUACAUUUGAUAUAGACGGUAUCAUCUGGACCGGUGAGGGCCAACAGGAAUGGUCCCUUGAAAACAUAACCUCCUUUCUCAACUCCGUCUACGUCGGUCGUAUCGCAUAUGAAUACAUGGACCUCCCGAGCAAGACGGAGAGGCUGUGGUUUGCGAAGCUAUUGGAGUCGCAGAGCGCUUUAGAGCCCAUGACUAUCAUCGAUGCCGGUAGACAAAAGAACAUACACGCUUUGCUCGCCAAGUCAGAGGUGUUGGACAAUUUCUUACAGGUCAAGUUUCCGAAUUUGAAGAGAUAUGGUCUUGAGGGCGGGGAAUCCAUGCUGCCCGCAUUGGACGCCCUAUUCGAGGCAGCAUCCAAAGCCGGCAUAACUCAGCUUAUCCUUGCUAUGCCUCACAGAGGACGCCUUAAUCUGCUUACUGGGCUCCUGGAAUACAACCCUACUUCCCUGUUUCACAAAAUCAAGGGCGGUUGUGAAGUGGACGAAUCCUUGGGUGUUUCCGGCGACGUCCUCAGUCAUCUUGUUGCAUCCCCGACAUUGCAGUACGGCGAAGCUGAUGACAUAAAAGUCUCGUUGCUGCCAAAUCCAUCCCAUUUGGAGGCCGUGAGCCCUGUUGCGCUUGGAAAAGCCAGAGCGAAGCAAUUUAGGUUGCUCAAGACCCUAUCUGACGACAAAAAUAACCAAGACUGCAUGCUUGGCGAUAAGGUUAUGUGCGUCCAGCUGCAUGGUGAUGCCAGCUUCACAGGACAAGGAGUAGUAAUGGAAACCCUUGGCUUGAGUGGUCUUCCACACUUCACAAGCGGCGGAAGUGUCCACAUUGUCGUCAAUAACAACAUCGGAUAUACUACUCCCGCCUCCUCCGCCCGCUCUUCCUUUUACUGUAGCGACAUUGCCAAAAUGAUCAACUGUCCAGUUCUGCACGUCAAUGGAGACUGCCCCGAAGAUGUGGUUCGCGCUGUCGACAUCGCCUUCAAGUAUCGCAACCACUUCCGCAAGGACAUCGUAAUUGAUCUCAUUGUUUAUCGCCGCUGGGGACACAAUGAGCUUGAUGAACCGGCAUUCACGCAGCCGCUCAUGUACGAAAAAAUUCGUUCCAGGAGUUCUGUCCCGAAGUUGUAUGAGGAUAAGCUCAUCUCGGACGGUGUGAUCUCGGUUGAAGCAGCACGAGCUGUCCGAGACAGUUACAAAGCCUCGCUGAAUGCUGCGCUAACGGAUGUAGCGUCGUAUGUUCCCCCUCCCGUAACUUUUGAGGGAGCGUGGAAAGGCAUGGUUUGGCCAGCAUCUCCUGCAGCACAUCAAGACGAGACAGGCGUGAGCAGUGCUGUGCUCAAGGACGUUGGCAAAGCCAGCGUACAUGUCCCUGAGGAGUUCGAAAUCCAUCCGCGGUUGAACAGGCAUGUGAAAAACCGCCUUAAGAGCAUUGAGACUGGCGAAGGGGUCGACUGGGCAAGUGCGGAGGCGAUGGCGUUCGGCUCGCUGAUGCUUGAGGGCUGCGAUGUGCGCAUCGCGGGGCAGGAUGUUGGCAGGGGGACGUUCAGUCAUCGCCACGCGAUGUUGGUGAACCAGAAGACAGAAGGCGUAAUUGUUCCUCUGAACCACGCUCUUACAGAGGCGAAGGGCAAGCUGGAACUGGCGAAUAGCUCUCUCAGCGAGAUGGCCGUACUUGGCUUUGAAUAUGGAGCAUCUUGGGAACGACCUGAUUUAUUGCCCAUCUGGGAGGCACAGUUUGGUGACUUCUUUAACGGCGCACAAAUCAUUAUUGACACGUUCAUUGCGAGUUCAGAGACUAAAUGGCUGAAACAGAGCGGCAUCGUCCUGCUCCUCCCUCAUGGUCUAGAUGGUGCUGGCCCUGAGCAUUCCAGUUGUCGUAUAGAGCGGAUGCUGCAGCUCACCAACGACUCCUACAAUGCCCAAGAGAAGCUGAACGUAAACAUGCAUGUAGUGUUCCCGACCACGCCUGCACAAUAUUUCCACCUUUUACGCCGCCAGAUCAAACGUAACUACAGGAAACCGCUCAUCGUCGCUGCUCCUAAGGGACUACUUCGACUUCCUGCCGCGUCGUCGAAGCUGACUGACAUGGGCCCUGGAACAGUGUUCCAGCCCGUUCUCCAGGACCUGGCAACCCUCAGCGACCCCAAAGCCGUCCAGCGCGUCGUGCUGCUCAGCGGCAAGAUCUACUACGACCUCGCAAAAGAGCGCGCAACACGCAACCUCCAAUCGCAGGUCGCCCUCAUCCGCAUCGAAGAGCUCGCGCCGUUCCCGUUCGCUGCGCUCAGUGAAGCGCUUGCGCCUUAUGCCCAUGCUAAUACGCAAUUGGAGGUGCUAUGGGUGCAGGAGGAGCCUAGGAAUCAGGGCGCGUGGAGUCAUGUGCAGGAGCGUAUCGAGGAAGUAUUGAAGGGAUUGGGUAUAGAUGGUGGCGUGGCAUAUAGGGGGAGGAAGGAAGACGCGGUGGCUGCGCCAGGAAUUGGAAAGUUGUAUGGGGCACAGCAGCUGGCUGUCAUUGACAGCGCCUUUAAGGGGCUGUGAAUGGUUGAUUUGGCAUUUCGGGUUGUAGUACAAGACUCAUUAAUCCUUUAAGUCACUAAGAUCUUCAAGGGUGGUCUUCGAUGUUUUUAUCAUCCGAGUAAUUCCAUGUAGCUUAAGCGUGUUCAUCAUGCUUCAAGCUUCAAGCUUCAGUCACGGACACUAAUAAAUUUGGUGAUACUA